CACGCGCUCUCCGUUUCGAUCCUCUUUCACUGCACACAAAGCGAGAGAGAGAGAGUGGAAAAGCGAGGAAUACGCAGAAUCCAUCCAAUUUAGGGUUAGGGCAAUCCCUAAUCUGGAAACCUGGUACCGGUUUCUGAUCUGUUUUCCGGAUCGGGAGAGACGAAGAGGACGAACAAGAGGUAGAGAGAAUGGGCGCGAAUUCGCUUCCGACCGACUCAACUCUCGAUCUCGAUGAGCAGAUCUCGCAGCUCAUGCAGUGCAAGCCCCUCUCGGAGCAACAGGUUAGAGCUUUAUGCGAGAAAGCCAAGGAGAUCUUGAUGGAAGAAAGCAACGUUCAGCCUGUGAAAAGCCCUGUAACAAUAUGUGGAGACAUUCAUGGACAGUUCCACGAUCUUGCAGAGCUUUUCCGUAUAGGUGGAAAGUGCCCAGAUACCAAUUAUCUGUUCAUGGGAGACUACGUGGACCGUGGAUAUUAUUCGGUUGAAACUGUUACGCUGUUGGUGGCCCUGAAAGUACGGUAUCCUCAGCGAAUUACUAUUCUAAGAGGAAACCAUGAAAGUCGGCAGAUCACUCAGGUUUAUGGAUUCUAUGACGAAUGUCUGCGGAAGUAUGGCAACGCCAAUGUAUGGAAAAUCUUCACAGACCUCUUUGACUAUUUCCCACUGACAGCCUUGGUUGAAUCCGAAAUAUUCUGUCUUCAUGGUGGUUUGUCCCCAUCUAUUGAAACCCUUGACAACAUAAGGAAUUUUGACAGAGUGCAAGAAGUUCCGCACGAAGGACCUAUGUGUGAUUUGUUAUGGUCUGACCCCGAUGACAGAUGUGGUUGGGGUAUCUCACCUCGUGGUGCUGGAUAUACUUUUGGUCAGGACAUAUCUGAACAGUUCAAUCACACUAACAAUUUAAAACUUAUCGCCCGAGCCCAUCAGCUGGUUAUGGAUGGAUUCAACUGGGCACACGAGCAAAAGGUGGUAACUAUUUUUAGUGCACCAAACUAUUGCUACCGAUGUGGAAACAUGGCCUCGAUUCUUGAGGUCGAUGACUGCAGGGGCCACACGUUCAUUCAGUUUGAACCAGCACCGAGGAGAGGAGAACCCGAUGUCACCCGAAGGACACCCGACUACUUCCUGUGAUCCCCACAAAAAAGCUCGGAUCACAAGCCACAAUGUCUUCUUACGCGUAUCUUUCUGUCUGGUGGUAUGGUAUUUUACUCCAAAGAAAUCAGCCUUAUUCCCCUUUGGGUCCCUACGCUUUGUGUUUCGGUUGCUACUUUUUUUUUUAUAAAAAAAAUUAGAUUUAGCAUCCCCCACCUUUCGGAAUAGUGUAUUAUAUGCGAAGAAGAUACUCUUCCUUUGCCCUAUUUUAGGCCAACCCCUCGAGGAGAAGAAAUGUUUGGGAGAGAGCUCAGAUGAAUGAAAAUACCCCCACCCAUGAGAUUGUUUGGCUACUGAUAUUUGGUCAGAUUUGUGUUUUUUUAUAUAAAAAAAACAUUAUUUACUUCA